AUGGCAUUUUCGUCAUCCUCGUCCGAGGACAAUUUUGGCAUGUCGAGGUCGUCUCUGCGCGACGCCUCCUUUACUGGUAUCCGCAGCCCGUCCGAGGGGUCGAGCCGGGGCAAACGAACGCCAGGCCCUCAAUUCGACAUCAUCGCCUGGAUCCCCAAAUACCAGAGCUGCCAACGCUACUUUAUAGAUCAUGCCCAACAUGAACCGCUGGUGCAGGCCUUUGCUGCCUUCAUAAACAUCCUGUUACCCUUUCAAAGACAACCCAACCCGGUGCUCGGCUCCGCGGGGCCUCGGGGUGGGAAGUCACGGCUUGACAGGGAUGUCUCGCGAGCUUCCUCGUCCGAGGCGUCGGCCGCGGCCGCAGCAUUUGCCGUGUCUCUGGUUCCGUAUCUACGACGGCUCGUCGUCACAGGGAUGGACGUACCCCAGGUCUUGCACGGUUUCUUUGGCGACGAUUGGCAGGCAGGCGUCGGGCCACAGCGAGAACAGGAGCGGCGGAACUACCUUUUUGCGGCAAAGAGCGGGGGGUGGGCGUCGGUCAAGCGUGACUACGAUAUGCCACCGUUGGAAACAGUCCCAUUCAUGCGGCCUCUGCACGAGCCCACCGAUGGCGAGCUCCAAGCCGCCGAACGGGCAUGGAGUGACUGGCUCGCGCUUGAGGAUUGGAUGGUGGGCCCGCGCGCCCCUGAGGAGUAA